AUGGAAGCGCCACUCUUGCGCGCGAGGGUGGUUGCCCUUGUCGUGGCAGUCCUUAUGGCCUCCUCGACCAUGACCGUCGUCUCCGCCCUGCCCUCUCUCGAUAAGACCGUGUACCACAUUGGUGGCCAAAGUAUCGUCGGAAUCGAUCUCGCCUAUGCCGACUCGAUCGGCAUGGCGUGCCUUGAACUCAACACCAACGCCGAGGCCCUGGCCAGUAUUGUGCCAGUAAUCUUUGGUGUCGAUACUUACGGCCAAGCUUCUGCCAUCCUCACCAUGGCCGACCGCGACGACAUCACAUCUGCCCACGACGUUAAAGGCAAAUACAUCUCCCUCGCCACGUUACCCCAGGCUAGUGGCAUCUUCUACAGCCUCUCUCUUUUUCGCCUCUUGAAGAUUGACAUUAUCACUUCUGUCAAAAAUCUCAUGGUCACACCAAGCCUCAUUGGACCCCUGUUGGACGUCGUCAACGGUGUUGCUGACGUGGCCAUCGUCGAAACCGGCUGGCUGGAAUUCCUCGAGCUCAUCGGCACGAUUCCGCGCGGUGCCCUGAAGGUCAUCGAGGUGAACUUUACCCAAGAUGCCAUGUUCACCACCCCCUACGUGCGCUCAACCCCACUGCGUAGUGCCAUUGCAGAUGCACUCUUGGCCCUCGAUGAGAACAGCACCGCCGCACAAGCCGGCGGCUUCAAAAAGUUUAUUCUGCCCCGCUCCUACCACAUGGCCCGCGGAGCUUUGGAUGCCUUGGGUCGAAUCGAAAACGACGUUGACCACCUCAUUUGUCGUCGCGCAGAGGAAGACGGCUCAUCAGAUCUCUACAAGUUGUUUCCGUGUCCUGAAGGCAGCUAUUACUACCCCCCAGGGGUCCGCGAGUAUCGUUGUGACGUUCUGAACCGCACAUGUCCCGACGGCUAUACUUGUCUGUGCGAGCCGUGCCACCAGGGCCAGUAUACCGAAGUGAUCGUGACUGGUAUGACAACCACCGCUGAGUUUGCAGACACGCUUGUUCUGACCCGAGAACAACAGCAGAUCUUCACCAACCUCGUGGUGACUGAACGCUGCCAUCGCGUCAACUCGUGCUACACGGCCCAGCAGAAGGAACGCAUCGGCUUGCUGAUCAUCGACAAUAUUUACUUCGACGACCCGGGCGCCAACUACCAAGUCCAGAUCCGAAACAACGCAGAUGAUAUCGAGACGAUCGAGCUAGGCAACAUCACCUCGCUGGCCAAGAUGCACAUGAAUUUUAGUCGCGUUUACACGGGCACUUACACUGUCAGUGUCCUCCGCAACAACGAGCACGUUCCUAGUUCUCCGUUCUUUGUGGAAGUAGUGCCCCUGGUUUGCCCCCAUGACAACGAAGAUCCUGAUGAAAUGGGCGAGUGCCAUUGUUCCUCUGGCUAUGUGAAGUACAACAACAAUUGCGUGGCUGAGUCGACUAUCAUUGUCACUAUUGUCGUACCCAUCGUCGUGAUUCUGCUUGCCUUGGCAGCCCUGUGUUUUUACCUCCAACGUCGUAAAAUGGAUCACAUGUGGCACCUCAGCGCCAAAUUUGUGAGGCUUGAUGAAACUGCCGAACCCCUUGGUGAAGGUGGUCAAGGCUUGGUGCGCAAGGGCUACUUCCACUCCACGCCUGUUGCCAUCAAAACAAUCAGCAUGCGCUGUACCAACGCCAGCCGAGACAAGACUUUGGAGCUCUCCAACAACGGUCAAUUACAAAUGAGUCGUACCGGGCAAAUGUCUCGCAGCAAGCGCAGCAAGACCACCGUCAGUCACUCGGACUUUGUGGCCGAGAUGCGCACCGUGGUGCGCUUGCGUCACCCCUGCAUUGUCACCGUGCUCGGCGCUGUCAUGGAGGGUUCUGAGCCCAUGCUUGUCAUGGAGUUGGCUGAGAAUGCUCUCUACGACAUGUUAUUGGACCGCUCCAUUGACCUCGACGAAGACCUCAAGCUCGCGUGGAUGAAGGAUGUGGCUGAUGGCAUGUCUUUCCUCCAUUCACUCCAGCCCGAAAUUGUGCACGGUGAUCUCAAGCCUCAGAACGUGCUUAUCGACUCCAACCUGCGGGCCAAGAUUACUGACUUUGGUAUCAGUCACUUGCGAUUCAACAAAAUGGUGGGCACUGUCAACUACAUGGCGCCCGAGCUUCUCAACAACGGCUACAUUAGCAGCAAGGCGGAUGUCUCGCAUGUCUCACACGCACGUCGUUGCCUCGCCUUCCCAAAUCUGCGAGCAGAUGCAUACGGUAUCAUGGCAUCCUUUGUCAUGUCGCGCCGCGUGCCCUACAAGCGUUUUGCCCCGGAAGAAGUGAUUGAGCGCGUGAAAAACUUGGCCCUCGACCCCCCCUUUCGACCCCGCAUCAAAAAGGCCUACAUGCCUGAUUACUUGUGGAACCUCUACGAGCUGUGUAUUCAGAACGACCCAGACAAACGACCCACCUUUGCCAGGAUCAUGGAGGUGAUGAAUGGGGCUGGCAUUGCCAGCAUUGGCGAAUCGCUGUUCAAAAAGGCCCAGGAUCGCAAGCUGCAAAAGCGUGUCCUGAACGAUUGUUUUCCGCCUCACAUCGCGGAAAUGCUCAAACGCGGUGAGAAGGUGAAGCCAGAAUCCCACGAAGGUGUCACCCUCUUUUUCAGUGACAUUGUGGGUUUCACCUCCAUCAGCGCUUCCAUCACCCCACAACAAGUUUCAGACAUGCUUGACCGGCUUUACACCGCGUUUGAUAAUCUGGUGGACCAGUUUGAUAUCUUCAAGGUGGAGACUAUCGGUGACGCCUAUUUUUGUGCUGCUAAUCUGGUGGAGGAGCAGCCGGAUCAUGCUAUCCGCAUGGGCCAAUUUGCCAUUGCCGCCAUCAAAGCCGCUAACCAAGUCGCCAUCCUGCCCUCCAAUCCCGCACUCGGUUUUGUGAACAUUCGCGUCGGAUUGCACACGGGCAGCGUCGUGACCAAUGUCGUUGGUGUUCGCAACCAGCGGUAUUGUCUCUUUGGUGACACCGUGAACACCGCUAGCCGCAUGGAAUCGAACAGUAUCAAGAACCGCAUUCACCUCUCUCCUUCUGCAGCCGAUGCCGUGCGCGAACAGUGCCCCGAAUUCGAGUCACUUCUGCAUACGGGUUUGGAAUCACGUGGCGAGAUCGAUGUGAAGGGCAAGGGCCGCAUGGAAACCUUUUGGCUCAACCCGGUUGAGGAUAAGCCAGUUUAUGAACUCGAGGGCUCGCAGAACUACCGUCGGAGCCGUUUCUCUGGUCACUCGAUCACCCCUCGUGGCAGUCAUGCUGAUUUGGACAAUGCCAUGGGUCGCCGCGAAAGUGCCCUUUCUGGACACUCUUACAUGUCAGCUCACGGCAUGCGCCCCGGGGUUAAGAGCUCACCUGAACCGGUUAAGCAGCUCUUGGGUGGAGCUGUGCUUAUGCCCGACUCGGCUGGUACGGUGAUUGACGUGGAUAACUCGUCGACCGGUCAGAAAGGCCGCUCCUCGCUAGGCAGUUGCGUCAUCACGGUUGAUCCGGAGAUGGACGCGCAAGAAGAACAUGCUCUGUACACGCCUUCUGGCCCCCGCUCUUCGUUCGCCGUUGCCAUGACCAGUGCGAACCAGGUCGUGCCCUCCAAGAUGCUCAUGGGCAUCAUUCCCGAGGUAUCCUACGACAAAGAGUCUGGGCUGGAAAGCCCCUCCAAUGCCAAGCUUCGGCUUCCCGAUGCCAACCUUCAAGUGUCAGCUGUUUGAGUUUGAAAGCCGGUUUGCCAUGUUGCUUGCAUGUGGCGAUGUUGGGAAUUUCUUUAUUUUCGAGUAAUUUUCGAGUAAUUUUCUUUUGAUUUUGAACUUUUUUGUGUGUGUGUGUGUGUGUGUGUGCAUUGUGUUUUGCUUCGUUGGCCUUGACCUUCGACUGACAGGAACUUGGAUGUGAAAGAAAGCCCUGUGCGGGUUGCACCGCAAUCUUUUUGAUGAUACCGCUAUAAUUGACCCGUGACUGUUG